GCACUGGCUGGUAUAAUUGGUGGUCCACACGCGGAUCACGUUAGAAAAUAGCAAGGCUGGGCUGGAGAGAUUUACGAUCAAGCUGAGCUAAAAGAAUGAUGGCAGAAGAAGUGUAUCUGUUUUCUGUUGGACUCUUUUCACUGGUGCUAUUCGUCCAGUGUGGAAUUGAUGGAAUUGAACCAACAAGCUGGACAACUUCCUCUACAUCCUACUGUUACGAUGGAGAAGUUAGAUUAGAGAAUUCAACGUACUUAUACGAUGGAAGGCGCUCUUCUUAUGGGGGGAGAGUGGAGGUGUGCUAUAGUGGAGCCUUCUACCCAGUGUGCGAUGAUGGAUGGACAUACAAUGAGGCAACGGUUGUUUGUAAAUACUUUGGCUACGGCUUACCUUACUAUCGCGCUGUUGCUACCGGGGGUGGAGAGUUUGGUCUGUCAGAUAAUGCUCCCAUCUUUCAGAACCUAAUGUGCAAUGGGAGUGAAUACACUUUCAGUGAUUGCAGGGGAUAUGCCCCUAACAACAUCGUUGGAGACUACUGCUCAAGUGGCAAUCAUCAGGCUGGGGUUUAUUGCAUUGAAGCUUGCAGUUAUGGGGAAGUGUACUUUGAAAAUGCAACCUAUGGGUACACCAAUGAUAAAUAUUGGUAUGGAGGAAGAGUAGCAGUGUGCUACAACGACACCUACUAUCCAGUGUGUGAUGAAGGAUGGACAGAACAAGACUCAGCAGUUGUCUGCAGUAACGUGUACUACAGAGCUCCAUAUUAUCGUGCUCAAACAUCUUUACCUGGGGAGUUUGGUCUGUCCUACAAGACUCCUAUACUUCAGCAACCAAUGUGUAGUGGUAGUGAAUAUUCACUGAAAGACUGCCAAGGAUAUGACCCCAACAACAUAGCUGGAGACUACUGCCUCAGUGGAAGCAACCAAGUAGGAGUCAUGUGCAUUGAAGCUUGUUAUGAUGGACAAAUUCGGUUUGGGGAUUCCAUCUCUUCCUAUGAUAAUGACACGUAUUCCUAUGGAGGAAGGGUGGAGGUGUGUAGUGGUGAUGUGUACCAUCCAGUGUGUGAUGAAGGAUGGACUGACAAUGAUGCUACAGUUGUCUGUAGGUAUAUUGGUUAUGGCCCUCCCUACUACCGUGCUGAAACUGCUGUGAAUGGAGAAUUUGGUUUCUCAAAUGAAACUCUUAUUCUUCAGACUCCAAUGUGCAAUGGGAGUGAAUACCAACUCAGUGCCUGUGAGGGAUUUGCUCUUGAUAAUGUCAUGGGAAAUUACUGCCUCAGUGAAAGUCAUCAAGUAGGAGUUGUCUGCAUUGAAGCUUGCUAUGACGGACAAAUUCGUUUUGAGAACACGAACUACUCCUAUGUUAAUGGCUUGUAUUCCUAUGGAGGAAGGGUGGAGGUGUGUAGUGGUGAUGUGUACCAUCCAGUGUGUGAUGAAGGAUGGACUGAAAAUGAUGCUACAGUUGUCUGUAGGUAUAUUGGUUAUGGCGCUCCCUACUACCGUGCUGAAACUGCUGUGAAUGGAGAAUUUGGUUUCUCAAAUGAAGCUCCUAUUCUUCAGACCCCAAUGUGCAAUGGGAGUGAGUACCAACUCGGUGCCUGUGAGGGAUUUGAUCUUAACAAUGUCAUGGGGGACUACUGCCUCAGUGAAAGCCAUCAAGUAGGAGUCGUCUGUAUUGAAGUACCAACCUCAACAACACCUUGCAAGGAUGGAGACACUCGGCUGGAAGAUGCAACCUAUAACUACACAGACAGGGGCUAUAUGUAUGGUGGCAGAGUUGAAGUUUGCUACAACGGAGACUACUACCCUGUGUGUGAUGAGGGAUGGACUCAACGUGAUGCUUUAGUUGUGUGCAACAAUGUUGGCUACUAUGGUUAUACUGCUGAGUUGUCUUUUCCAAGGGAAUUUGGUCAGUCAGAUACGGGUCCCAUACUGCAGAACCCAAUGUGCAGUGGAUCGGAGUACUAUCUCUGCGAUUGCCCUGGCUUUGCUCUCAAUAAUGUUGCUGGUGACUAUUGCCUUAGUGGAGAGCACCAAGUUGGAGUUUGGUGUAUUGAAGAUUCAACUGCAACGGGAACUACAUCUUGCUAUGAUGGGAGUGUUCGUUUGGAGAACUCAACUUACGGCUAUUACAAUGGCACUUAUCUGUAUGGAGGCAGAGUCGAAAUUUGUUACAAUCAAACAUUCUACCCAGUUUGUGACCAAGGAUGGACUGACAAUGAUGCUGCUGUUACAUGCAGCAACCUUGGGUAUUACUACUACUACUAUCGUAGUGAAGCAGCAAAUGGACAGGAGUAUGGUCUGUCAGAUGAAACACCGAUAUUGCAGGCACCAAUGUGCAGUGGAACUGAGUACUACCUCUCAGAG